AUUUAAAAUUAAAUAACGUUUUUUAAAAAAAAGCAAAAAUUUCUUAUGGCUUUAGUAAAUUACAGUUCGAGUUCAGAGUCCGUAGAAUCUUUUAAUGAUGAAGAAGAAUCAAAAUAUAAAAAAGCAAAAUUAAAUACAGCCAAAAAAUGCAAACGGAAAUUACCUAUUCCCGAAUUCAUGACAAAAUCUCGAAAAACACAAGAAGAAUCAGUAAUCGAUCGACCAGAUGAACAUGAUGGUAGGAAAAGGACAUUUGCACAUGUUCGGGGGAACUGGGCUUCUCUUGUUUACAUUGGAGUAAAUUCCGAAUAUGAAGAUCUGCAAGAAACCAUUCAAGAUAUGUUCAAAAGCAUUAACUUUAAGUAUUCUACUGAAAUUCAUAUAAGCUUAACUAAAACUUUAGUAUUGCAUCAUCACUGGAUAACUUCCUUUUCACAAGCUGUGUUAGAAUUUUCUAAAACCCAACCAAUUUUUGAAAUACGUUUUAACUCCUUAGGUAUAUAUACUAACGAAGAGAAAACUAGAACUUUCAUCGGUUUAACAGUUGAUCUAACAGGUUCAACAAAAAUAAAAGAACUCACAAACGGUAUAGAUAGUAUACUAGAAGACUAUCGUUUAGAGAAAUUUUAUUCGAAACCAUUAUUUCAUGCUAGCAUACUGUGGUGUGUUGGAAAUCAUAAAGAGUUUUUGGAAAACAAAUCAUAUGAACUUCAACAGCUUUUUGACAAAUGUUUCGAAAUUGAGCCACAAAAAUUUCUGGUUGUAAUUGAAAAAAUUCACAUAAAAAUUGGAAAUAAGUAUUAUAAUUGCAACCUAAAAAGAUAAUACAUACUAUAUUUAUGCAUUUUUAUACAAUAUACUAAGGAUAACAUAGUCGCAAUAUGUAAUACAUAUUCUAAUCAUAAUUAAAAAUUAUUGUAAGAUAUUUUGAAUUUUUUUUUGUUAACACAAAAAAUUUGUGUGAACUAUUAAGUUGUCUAUAAAUUAUUAAUAAUAUUUGAGUUCCAAGAUCUUGAA